UCAAGUCACCUGAUGUUGCAGCUGAAGAAAAAUGGCGGCUCAUCUGUCGUACGGGAGAGUGAAUUUAAACAUUUUGAGAGAAGCAGCACGAAAAGAGCUGCGAGAGUUUUUGGACAAAUGCGCAGGGAGCAAGGCCAUAGUUUGGGAUGAGUAUCUGACGGGACCUUUUGGUCUCAUAGCUCAGUACUCUCUACUGAAGGAGCAUGAAGUGGAAAAGAUGUUUACUCUUAAGAGUGGCAGGCUCCCCUCCGCUGAUGUCAAAAGCAUCAUCUUCUUCGUUCGUCCCAGGCUGGAGCUUAUGGACGUCAUUGCUGACAAUAUUUUCAGUGAAAGUAAGCUGCAUUCGUCACGAGACUUCCACAUUUUGUUUGUGCCUCGGCGGAGCAUGCUGUGUGAGCAGCGUCUGAAGGAGCAGGGCGUGCUGGCCUCAUUCACCAACAUCGACGAGUACAUCCUGGACCUGAUUCCUUAUGACGGUGACCUGCUCUCCAUGGAGUAUGAAAGCGCUUUUCGAGAGUGCUACUUGGAAAAUGACCAAACAAGCUUGUACCACACAGCCAAGGGACUCAUGACCUUACAGGCACUUUAUGGUACCAUUCCACAGAUUUUUGGCAAAGGAGACUGUGCACGACAUGUUGCCAACAUGAUGUUGCGGAUGAAGAGGGAGUUUGCUGGCACUCAGAAUCAAAUUCUGCCAGUGUUCGAUACCCUUCUCCUCCUGGACCGUAACGUCGACCUGCUCACUCCACUGGCUACGCAACUAACCUACGAAGGUCUCAUUGAUGAGAUCUAUGGAAUAACCAAUGGAUAUGUUAAGCUUCCUCCUGAGAAGUUUGCACAGAAGAAGCAAGGUGAGGCCAGCAAGGAUUUACCUACAGAGCCCAAGAAGCUGCAGCUCAACUCAGCGGAGGAACUGUACGCUGAAAUCCGAGACAAAAACUUCAACGCUGUUGGUGCAGCGCUCAGCAAGAAGGCCAAAAUUAUAUCUGCAGCUUUUGAGGAACGCCACAAUGCUAAAACAGUGGGAGAAAUAAAGCAAUUUGUGUCUCAGCUGCCUCACAUGCAGGCAGCACGCAGCUCCCUGGCUAACCACACUUCUAUUGCCGAGCUGAUUAAGGACAUAACCACAUCAGAGGCCUUCUUUGACAACCUUACAGUGGAGCAGGAGUUUAUGACGGGUGUCGACACAGACAAGGUGAACACGUAUAUAGAAGACUGCAUUGCCCAGAAGGAUCCGCUGAUCAAGAUCCUGCGUUUGGUGUGUAUGCAGUCGGUCUGCAACAAUGGCCUUAAACAGAAGGUGCUGGACUUCUACAAGAGGGAGAUAAUCCAGACCUAUGGCUAUGAACACAUGCUGACACUGAACAACUUAGAGAAGGCGGGUUUUAUGAAGCCACAGACGGGCUCAAGAAACAACUACCCCACGAUUAGAAAAACCCUUAAACUGUGGAUGGAGGAUGCCAAUGAACAGAACCCAAACGACAUCUCGUACGUAUACAGCGGCUAUGCUCCUCUCAGCGUCCGACUGACGCAGGUGUUAGCGAGGCCCGGGUGGCGAAGCAUUGAAGAGGUGCUAAAGAUGCUUCCAGGUCCACACUUUGAGGAGAGACAGCCGCUUCCAUCUGGGCUUCAUAAAAAACGGCAGCAGGGGGAAAAUCGAACAACGCUGGUUUUCUUCCUCGGAGGAGUGACGUACGCAGAAAUAGCCGCUCUCCGUUUCCUCUCUCAGAUGGAGGACAGCGGGAUGGAGUACGUUGUUGCCACGACGAAGCUCAUCAAUGGCACGACCUGGAUCAAAUCCCUCAUGGAUCGGCCCGAAUCCCAGAUGCCCUGAGACACCCGCGCUGACAGCUGGCCUCACCAAACCCACUCCUGAGAACUUCGCUCCAGCUGACCAGAACUGGGCAACUUUGAUGACACCAUGUGUGGGAAAAAUCUCUUUAUUCUGCUGUUACCGCUUCACUAAACUGUAUAUAUGUAUUUAUGGGAUGUUUAU